GGCACAGUUACAUACGCUUUUUUUUUUUUAAAUUUCUCUUUUUAGUUGUUUACAAGUUGCUUAAGCAAUAGGCAAACUGCAUUGCUUGCUUGUUUCUUGGAGUCUUCUUUGCUCCUCCCUACUUUCUGCUUCCUGGGGAGUCACCCACUGAACCCUGAACCGAUUCUUGCUGCUAGUGUUCUGUGCUUUUGCACACGAACUCCGCUGUUGGCUGAGGUCUCUGUGGGUCUUUGUUCUCAACUCUGACAAGGCUCGCUCUGUGCUACACAGUUUCUUUUCUUGCACUUCUGCCACAGAACCACAAAUAUCUCCAGCUGGGAAUCAGACAGGGACAGAAAUGAGGAACCCAGGAGCCCAAGACAAUGUUUCAGUUUCCCAGGGUAUGCGAGCGAUGUUUUACAUGAUGAAGCCCAGUGAAACUGCCUUCCAAACAGUUGAAGAGGUGCCUGAUUACGUUAAAAAGGCAACUCCAUUUUUCAUCUUCUUGAUUCUGCUUGAACUAGUCAUCAGCUGGAUUCUCAAGGGAAAACCAUCAGGUCGUUUGGAUGAUGUUCUCACAUCUAUGUCAGCUGGUGUUGUAUCUCGGCUUCCAAACCUGUUCUUUAGGAGCCUUGAGGUGACCAGCUACAUUUAUAUCUGGGAGAACUACAGAGUUUUUGAGUUGCCUUGGGAUUCUCCAUGGACGUGGUAUUUAACCUUCCUAGGAGUUGACUUUGGUUACUACUGGUUCCACCGCAUGGCACACGGUGAGUUACAGAUGAUGCAUUUUGUCAGUGAUGAUGAAAUGUGUUUAGUACGUAAGAAGCACUUGAUAAAUAUUUACAAAAUGAAUAAAUAAGUCAAUAAAGUAAUACAUCUUAGAUCUUGUAAAGGUUGUUAAUGAAGAUUUACUUUGAGAUUUCAGCACAAAAUGAAACCAUUACAAAAUAAAAUUAUUGCAGAUACAUUUUCCUCAUGAUUGUAAUUGCAUUACCUUUAGAAAAAUGAUAGCUUUGGCAUUAGUUUUUAAUGUAUUUCCAUCUAUUGUUAAACUGUAGGCAAUUACAUAUAAUAUCAAACUUCACAU